UAUCGUCCGGAAUCUAUCGCUUUCAGUUUGAGUUUACAGUUUUUUUUGGAAUGACCACCUACACCGACAAGGGUCCGAAGCCCCUCGCCGGGCAGUUCCUGGCGUUCGACCACCUGAAGCUCUGGGUCGGGAACGCCAAGCAGGCUGCUGGCUACUACGUCGCUCGAUUCGGUUUCGAGCCCCUGGGGUACCAGGGACUGGAGACAGGCUCUCGUAAGAUCGCUUCGCACGCAGUAAAGCAGAACAAGAUUGUUUUCGUCUUCGAGUCUGCUUAUGAGCCCAAUGACAAGCUGAUGGCCGAUCAUCUCGCCCGACAUGGGGAUGGCGUUCGAGACAUCGCUUUCAGCGUUGUGGACAUCGAUGCAAUCGUCAAAGUGGCUAAGGCCCGAGGGGCCAAAGUGGUCAGAGAUAUUUGGGAGGAGAAGGACGAGAACGGAGUCGUGAGGAUGGCCACUCUCCAGACGUUUGGAGAUACCCUGCAUACUCUGGUGGACAGAACCAACUACAGUGGAAAAUUCCUGCCAGGAUACGUCGACUCUCCCGCAGAUCCAAUCACUCGUUUACUGCCAGACCCGAAAUUAAAAUUCAUCGAUCACUGCGUCGGGAAUCAGCCAGACCAGCAAAUGGAACCAGUUGCCAAGUGGUACGAGCAGAACCUCCAGUUCCACAGGUUCUGGUCAGUCGAUGAUACCCAACUACACACGGAAUACUCAGCCCUCCGAUCCAUAGUGAUGACCAACUACGAGGAGACUGUAAAGAUCCCGAUAAAUGAGCCCGCCCCAGGGAAGAAACGAUCUCAGAUCCAGGAGUUUGUCGAGUAUUAUGGGGGCUCUGGGAUUCAGCACAUUGCGUUGAACACUGAUGACAUCAUCGAAGCUGUCGGGAACCUGAGGACCAGGGGGAUGGAGUUCCUCCAGGUCCCCGAUAGCUACUAUGACAUGCUGCGGAAGAGGCUCAAGACCAGCGGAACCAAGAUACUCGAGGAUAUUUCCGUUCUCCAGAAGCUCAAGAUUCUCAUUGAUUACGAUGAGAACGGGUAUCUCCUGCAGAUUUUCACGAAGAAUGUGCAGGACAGACCCACUUUGUUCAUCGAGAUCAUUCAACGGAGGAAUCAUAACGGAUUCGGUGCUGGUAAUUUCCAGGCUCUCUUUGAGGCCAUCGAAAUCGAACAGGCAAAGCGUGGAAAUUUGUAACAAAAAAAAUAUCACCUCCAACUUACAUAAAUCGAAAAAAAAGCUGAUGAUUAAUUAAUAAAUGUUUUAUUCUUACGGCAUUAGAAGCAUUAUUUUUCCUGUAUAAAAAUUUGAUCUGGAUAAAAUGAUACGCAAAGACGACAGGGA